AUGACUUAUGCUUUUAAUCCAUCAUGCCAUGGGACACAUUCUUUGUUGAGGCACAUCCCAAAGUAUCCAAAGAACCCUCACAAGGCCACCAAAGAUAAGAAACAAGUAAUGAUAAAUCUAUUAUCUAGUGGGACAAGUGGGCAAGGAAAAUCUAUAGUCACUCACUUAUAUGAUGAGAAGAGGUGUAGAAGAGCUCUUGCUGAAUUUAUUAUUUGUGAUGAGCAGUCAUUCAGAAUUGUUGAGAAGCCUGCAUUUAAGAAAUUGUUGAAUGAGUUUGAACCUCGCUUUCCAAUCCCUUCAAGAACAACAAUUGCAAGGGAUGUGUGGCAGCUAUAUCUUGGUGAAGUAAAAGUGCUAAAGAAGAUCUUGAAGCAAUGUUCUAAGCGUGUUUAUCUCACGACAGAUUACUCGACGUUAAACUAA